AUGUCCGCUAUUCAGCUGUACUUGUUUGAGUUCUCCCGGAACAAGGACGAGGCGGCGCGGAUUGCCUCGCAGACCGCCGAGCGCCUGGAGACCAAGCAGCUCAAGCUGCUCGAGCUGAUCGAGUCCCUGGGCGAAUUCCUCAACAACGAUGACGGGCCCACGAGAGCGAAGGCCAUGGCCUACCUCGCCGAUGUCCUUUCGGCCACGCCGCCCAAGGUCUUUACCCGCCAACACAGAAAUCUCCUUUGCGACUUCGUCCUGUCCCGUAUAGCCGACGAUAAUGAGGGUAUUGGCUCCGCAGCCAAAGCCCUCAUGGCCCUGGAAGAGCGUGGGGCGUGGGAGAAGGAGAGGGCCGCCAUGGUGCUCACCUCCCUUGUAGACAAUACGGCCCCGCUGCAUCAAUUCAAGCUUCAGAGCGAGCGCUAUUCUGUGUUGCGGUUGAUCGACAUGCUUGUUGCCAAGUACAGAGAAGCGGUACGGAGCGUGCAUGAGACUACCCCGGGUUUCCUUUCGCGCUUCAUUUCCUACUUUGAUGGAGAGAAGGAUCCCCGUAACUUGAUGGUUGUCUUCUCAAUCCUCAAGGUUCCCAUGACGGAAUGGACCCUUGGCUCGGAUGCUCAGGACUUGUUUGAUGCCGUCUUUAACUACUUCCCCAUCACGUUCAGGCCUCCGCCGGAUGACCCUUACGGAAUCACUGCCCAACACCUAAAGGAUCGUUUGCGAGAGUGCAUCUCAUCUACCGCAGACUUUGCUCCUUACUCUUUCCCUGCUCUCCUUGACAAGCUGGACUCUACUUCAAUCAACACAAAGAGAGACGUCCUUCAAACUUUGACUGCGUGCGUUCAAGAUUACGGUCCACGCACAGUUUCCCUGUAUGCUGUGACUCUGUGGGACUCUCUGAAGUUUGAGAUCCUGAACGCGCAGGAAGACGACCUUGCAGAGGAGGCUUUGAGCGGUCUUGCGGAGAUCGCAAGACAGCUGACACAAAACACUGCCGGUUCGCUGCAUGCCUACCUGAAGCCAAUCACAAAAGAGUGCAAUGAACAUCUUGAGGAUGCGCCAACAAAGCAGUCGGCAGCUUCCGGAAAGAUAUUGCACUCUGUCUUGAAGGUGUCCCCGACAGUCGAGGACUCGGUACUUGGCGCGGUUCUGCCCAAUGUCUUCACACUCUACCAGACUAGCGAUUCCAUGGCGAAACGGAGAGGUCUAGUUGAGGUUCUUGCUCAGCUGAUCAGGGCGGACAUUGCGGUCUACGGUGAAUGGCGGCUUGUUGACAGCAAGGUUGUCCACUCUGGUUCCCGUACAGCCGAUAACGCCCUCCUGAAAUACCGCGAUCAAGCUUUAGAGGUCAUGAGCAAUGGCCUUGCCACAGCACCGGCGAAAGAGGUCUCCUUCCGUCUGGCGGCGCUCGAUGGGCUCUUGCAGCUUGCUAAGGCAAGGCUUGUCCUUGAUGACGAUGACGUUGCCAAGAUCGUUGCCAUAUUCCACGACAUUGUCAUAUCAGAGGAGUCUUAUGGCAAGGAUGAAGUUAAGACGGCUGCAGUCACUGGCCUGGUCGAUAUUGCACACCAAAAGCCUCAACUGGUGAUUGACAAGGCAUUCCCAGCCUUCAUGGCAGAGCUUCCAGACAAAGACAUCGAAGGGUCAGAUUCAUAUGCUCCUGUACUUGAAGCAUUUGCAAAGCUCGCUACCGAGGAACAGAUAUUCCCGACGGUGGUGUUGCGGCUGAGGAACAAGUUCAAUGCGGCUAUUCAACAGGGCGCCUCGGAUGGAUAUAUCGUUGCGCUUCUCUCAGCAAAACUUUUCGCGUUCUCGAAAGGAGCAGUAAAGCUCGAAGGAACCACUGACUCCUGUCCCUACUACGACGAGAUCAUACUCCCACUCCUCUCUGAGGUCUCAGGAUCGAAGUCCUCGGCCUUCGAUAAUGAGUUUGCCCUUGAUAUAGUUGGACGCUUGUGCAACACCAUCCUUCGAAAGCAGACCGUGGAGUUCCAGAAGGAGAAGAUUGCUCCGGAUACUUACACCUUGUUCUCUGGUGAAUCCUCGGACAGCUCACCGCCUUUCAACAUGGAUACCUCACUUGAAAGAAGAAGAAAAAUGAUCGUCUCAACACAUAUCCUCGCAGCCCUCCGCCGCGAAGCGGCACCCAUUGCAGAUUCACGAAGGCUUCUCGCCGCGCUGAUGGAUUUUGCAGUGUUGGAAGACAUCCCCCAGCGGGUCCGUCUGACAAUAAAUUCUCAAAUCUCCCUUGUGGCCAACAAGUUCAUCCCUUCAGCCGAGAUCAAGGAUAUUAUGAACAGUAUCUUCUUUGAGCCGCAGCAGCUGCUGUCCGCCGAGAAACUCAAUGACAAGAACAUCCGGGUCAUUUUCGCAAUCAUCAAAGGCCUUGCUCUUCGCAACGCCCCUAUCCUCAACACCGUCCUCCCGUCACUGCUGGAACUUCUCAAGGAUCCCAAGCAUGGCCUCGCUGUGGCUCGUGGCUUCAGUCUUAUACUUGCCCCACAUGAUCUUCUGACAAAGGACAACUACUGCAUGGUCUCCGGGCUGCACAAGCAGAAGGUCUUCAAUCUUCUUGUACCGGAAAUCGCUUCCUCGUUCAAGACUGCAGACCCAUCGACUAAAACCAACUACCUGAUUGGUCUAUCCGGCAUCUUGCGCUGGAUCCCAUACACAAUCAUUGAGCCGGAACUAUCGCAGCUGACUCCCUUGCUCCUUCAGUGCCUGGACCUGCAGCAAUCUCAAGCGCCGCAAGGGCAGCAGCAACAGUUCGAUGAUGUCAAGAAGGCUACAGUCGACACUUUGAUUGCGGUCUUGACCCACGAACCUAAGGCACUCGAGGAACACGCCGCUAGCUUGAUCACCCGACUUUUGAAUACGGCAAGCGCUGCGUCGGCGAAAAACAAGGCUGCUGCCGUCCCUCCAACAAACAGCCCGGCUCUCCGGGCAGCCGCGCUCAAGUGCCUUGCGCUCAUUCCCGAAAGACUGCGCGGCGAGAUUGUGUUGCCUUUCAAGCGGCAGGUUGUCAAGAAGCUGACGGCAGCCCUUGACGAUUCCAAGAGAGCGGUCAGACUUGAGGCGGUCAAGUGCCGGGCGGCAUGGCUUGGUAUGGACGAGGUGGAUGACGAUGACGAGUGA